AAAAAUUCAAGUAAAAUCAAUAUUAAUACUGGCGAUUUUGUUCACUGAAGAGCCACAUUUGGAUUUUGUCUUGUUUCUCAGAAUUGAUUCAUUUAUACGUCUAUAAGCAAUCGCAUUAAUUUUGUUCUUCACAGAAUUGAUUCUGAUGAAAGAAGAAACAGUAGCGUCCAUUUCCUGAAACGUCAUUCUUUAGAAAUUAAAAGAUUCUGAGGAUUACCAGCUCUAACAGGCUCUGAUAUUAACCUUCAAAUCUCAAAUAAGAAAAUACCAACCUCCUCAUUUAACUGAAUAUAUUCAGAAAAAACAACAAUUUCCGUACAAACAAUCACUUGUUAAUUAUUCAUAUACAUAUCAAACAGUUGAUAUAUAAGACAACGAUCGAUCGAUCGAUCAUGGCCAAUAAUGAAAAGCCAGUCAGCUCUGAACUUGAACAAAUACUAUCUAAUUCCGAAAUUCCAUGCUUUCAGAGGCCCCGGAGAGCAACUUGGCUCGAGUUGAAAACAGUCUUUUCCUUAGCAGCACCAGCAGCUGUCGUUUACUUACUUAAUAAUGUCGUUUCCAUGUCUACCCUAAUUCUCUGCGGCCAUCUUGGCAAUCUUCAGCUUGCUUCCGCUUCCCUUAGCAACAAUGGAAUCCAACUUUUUGCUUUUGGCCUUCUGCUAGGGAUGGGCAGUGCAGUGGAGACGCUAUGUGGGCAAGCUUAUGGGGCCCAAAAGUAUGAAAUGCUAGGCAUAUAUCUUCAAAGAUCAACAAUUGUACUAAUGGCAACCUCAAUACCUCUUACCCUCAUAUAUGCCUUGUCCAAGCCAAUCUUGGUAUUAUUAGGUGAAUCAAAAGAAAUUGCUUCUUCAGCUGCAAUUUUUGCUUACGGUAUUAUUCCACAAAUAUUUGCAUAUGCUGCAAAUUUUCCAAUCCAGAAGUUUUUACAAGCUCAAAGCAUAAUUUUGCCCAGUGCAUACAUAUCAGGCGGUGUGCUUUUCGUUCACCUCCUAAUGAGUUGGAUCGCCAUUUAUAUACUUCACGUGGGAUUGUUGGGUGCAUCUCUGGUUUUGAGUUUGUCAUGGUGGAUAACAGUAUUGGCACAAUUUGUGUACAUUUUGAAAACUAAAAGGUGUAAAGCCACAUGGGGUGGAUUUAAUCUAUCACAAGCUUUUUCUGGAUUAUGGGAUUUCUUGAAAUUGUCCUCUGGUUCUGCUGUAAUGCUUUGCCUUGAGAUUUGGUAUUUUCAGAUAUUAGUUUUAGUUUCUGGGUUGCUCAAGAAUGCUGAGAUUGUCUUGGAUUCUCUCUCUGUCUGUAUGACUCUAACUGGAUGGGUAUACACCUUUGUAUUGGGUUUCAAUGCAGCUGCAAGUGUAAGGGUAAGCAAUGAACUAGGGGCUGGACAUGCAAAAUCAGCAGGAUUUGCAGUAAUAAUAGUGACUUCAAGCUCCUUUAUCGUAGCUUCCAUUGCAGCUAUUUUAGUACUUGUUUUUCGCAAUAGCUUGAGCUAUAUCUUCACUAGUGGUACGAGAGUUGCUCAUGCUGUUACACAGCUCUCUCCUUUCUUGGCCCUUUCCAUUAUUCUCAACGGAGUCCAACCUGUUUUGUCCGGCGUGGCUGUUGGAUGUGGAUGGCAAACAUUUAUUGCAUAUGUUAAUGUGGGAUGCUAUUACCUUGUUGGUAUUCCUUUGGGCUGUGUUCUUGGCUUUACUUUUGACUUGGGUGCAAAGGGAAUAUGGAGUGGGAUGUUAGGAGGUACUCUUAUACAAACUUUUAUUUUGAUAUGGAUUACUGUCGGGACAAAUUGGAAUAAAGAGGUUGAGAAAGCAAAGAGCCGUGUGGAGAAAUGGAAUAAUUUAAAUUGAUCUUUGAAGUACAAGCAUCUGAGCAUCAAUUCAUCUCUGCAAGUUGAAGAUAUGCCUGUAUCCCACUAAUUUUGAAGAAGAAGCAUUAACUGGGGAAUUUUUCUCUCAAGAAAAAAAGAAAGAAAAAUUUAUUAAUUUCUUUUAAAAUAUAAUAGCAAAAUGACAUUCUCAAAAUAUUAUGAUUCUCAAAUAAUCUAGCUUAAAUUAGAAAAGAACAUAAAGAUUUCAUUUUUAAUACAAUGGAUUGCGAUUGCUGCAGAUAUUAAUUUCAGUUCCCUUAGCUA